UGAAUCGUGAUUGAAUAGCUGCUAGGAUGCGACGUGAAGCGACUGGCAAAGGCGUUUACUCAUCGCACCAUAGAUGCUCACGGUGACGUGGUGGUUUCACCCUUGAAUAGGGAAUUGGCUAUUUAUGCGAGAGACGCGCUGGCGAAGGCCGUGUACGACAGAUUAUUCACCUGGCUCGUGACUAGACUCAACAAGUCUCUCCAGCCCCAGACCAAUCCCCGGCGCAAAAUGGUCAUGGGCAUUUUGGACAUUUAUGGUUUUGAAAUCUUUCAGAAAAAUAGCUUCGAGCAGUUCUGCAUUAACUUUUGCAACGAGAAAUUACAACAGUUAUUCAUCCAACUGACAUUAAAGUCAGAGCAGGAGGAAUAUCUGCGCGAAGGGAUAACUUGGGAGAACAUAGAAUAUUUUAAUAAUAAGAUCAUCUGUGACCUGAUUGAAGAGAAGUAUAAAGGAAUAAUAUCAUUAAUGGACGAAGAGUGUUUGCGACCUGGAGAACCGACGGACAUGAGCUUCCUGGAGAAGUUGAACGUAAAUCUGAAGAACCAUCCUCACUACAUCAGUCAUAAAAAGGCUGAUAUACAAACGCAGAAGAUUAUGGGACGAGACGAAUUCAGAUUGGUGCAUUACGCCGGUGACGUUACAUACAACGUACGCGGAUUCCUCGAGAAAAAUAAUGAUUUACUAUUUCGAGAUUUACGUGAAAUUAUGUCGCAUACAACGAAUUCCAUCACAAAGAGUGUAUUCGAUGUGAAAGAUUUAACCAGUAAGAAGCGCCCGGAAACAGCCAUAACUCAGUUUAAAAAUAGUUUAAAUAAUCUGGUUGAGAUUCUCAUGGGUAAAGAACCGUCUUACAUUCGUUGCAUCAAACCUAAUGAUUUUAAGAUGGCCAGUAAGUAAAUCUAAAUUAAGUAAGAUA